CGAGCCGGCCAGGGUGGGGAGGCUGUGCCUCUGAUCUGAUCCACCGCUGAGCCAGGCUGGCAUCAGCCUGCUGGGCACCGUCUCCUCCCCAGCCCAGUAGCGGUGCCCGUCCUCAGCCUGGCAGCAACUGCUGCAGUGGAGAGUACCGAGUUAUUUAGGGCCACCACUGACCUGGAAACAUAACGUCUGAUGAGGUAACAUACCCUCGUCUGGUAGUAUGCGAGUGGUGGUUGCAGCAUAGCAACCAGACACAUACAUGCACAUGCUCCGACGGCUUAUUAGUAUUCAAGAUAGAGCUUUGCACAAGCUGCUGGAUGACAGCUACAGCAGAGAGGAGAGGAGCGAGAGGGAGGGAGUAAUGACUAACAGAGGAUGCUCUGCAGCUGGUUGUGACAGGACCCAACACAGAUAGGAAAGACUGAUAGGGCUGGCAAUGCAACGACAGGCUGGCUCUCCAUCGCUGAAGCUGCUUUGAGACCCGUCGGAGUUGCUGUUUGUUCAUGCAUCCGGCAAUGGCCAACUGAUUCUAGCGAGAGAGGGAAUGAAAAUACAGGCAGCCUGGAGGAGAGUCAGCUCGAGGUUCUGCGCUUAGCAAUGGAGUGAACGGCAAGUUUGCAGUUGGAUCUUUGGGGUUGGCUCUGCAUUCAACAGGAGAUUUGGCGGCGUGCAUUGCACGGCUCCCACAGCUGUCCAUCGACCUCAUCACCCGAACUACCAACCAACACUGUCCUUUGUGAACGGUGCGAGGGAGCACUCAGACGGCCGGGAGCCUGGACCACCACGGAACAACCGCGAAGAUGUACAACGGGGCGACGGGGAAGGCCGCGCGGAACGUGCUGCGGAGCUCGAGUAUAAGCGGGGAGAUGUACGACAUGGAGAAGAACACCAGCGGGGGGCAGGAGCCUGCCACUGACACCGCCAUUAGGAAGAGGCGCUCCAGCCUCGGCGCCAAGAUGGUGGCCAUCGUUGGGUUGUCCCAGUGGAGCAAGAGCACGACUCAGCUCAACCAGACCACUCCCAAGAAUAUCUCAGCCAUCCUGUGCCAGGGCGUCGUAGGACAUUGGCUAGCACCCAUGAUCUCCUCCCGUGAGGCGGCCACAAAGAAACUGCGAAGCAACAUACGGAGAAGCACGGAGACAGGGAUAGCCGUGGAAAUGCGAAACCGGGUGACCCGGCAGGGCAGCAGGGAAUCGACAGACGGCAGCACCAACAGCAACAGCUCUGAUGGCAACCUGGUAUUCCCCAUGGCGAGACUGGGAGCAGACGGGCAGUUCAGUGAUUUUCUGGAUGGGAUUGGUCCGGCUCAGCUGGUGGGCCGGCAGACCCUGGCAGCCCCGUCGAUGGGCGACAUUCACAUUGGCAUGGCUGAUCGGAAUGGGCAGCUGGAGGUGGAAAUUACCCAAGCCCGGGGACUGACCCCCAAGCCUGGCACAAAGGCUUUGCCAGUCCCGUACAUUAAAGUCUACCUCCUGGAGAAUGGCAUGUGUAUUGCAAAGAGAAAAACCAAGUUAUCAAAGAAGACCUUGGACCCGGUUUACCAGCAGGCACUGCUGUUCGAUGAGGGUCCUCAAGGUCGGGUACUGCAGGUCAUAGUGUGGGGAGAUUAUGGUCGGAUGGACCACAAGUACUUCAUGGGAAUGGCCCAGAUCCUGCUGGAGGAACUCGACCUGUCCACCCUGGUCACGGGGUGGUACAAGCUCUUCCCCACAUCGUCCCUGGUCGAUUCCACGGUGGCACCCAUCACCCGUCGUCUCUCUCAGUCCUCGCUCGACAGCAGCACAAGUCCAGCCGGCCAGUAAAGGUCUCCAUGGACAGGACAAGGAGCAUAUCAUUAGAAUGCCAAGGGGUGGCUGUAAAUACUGUAUGUGCAAUUUGACCAACUGCUGCUAAUGCUAGUCUGUUCUUUUAUUUACUUUCAAUUACCUUGGUAGUAUAAGUAAUCUCCGCAACCUGUGCAUUCAUUUACAUGUUUGGGGAAAUUGCUUUUGUAUGCAUAAGGGAUAAAGUGCAAUAGAGGGAGAACUUCUCACCACAGUUAGUACAAGCCUUCCUUUUCACAAGAGCAAUGCACACAAUAGAACGUGAGUAACCUGUCAACAGUUGGAAGGAUGGUCCAAACGGAGGCUGGAGAUCCAGACGGCCAGCACCAUCGGGGUCUGUCGAUGAGUGGAUGCCUUGACUCAUUCCCUCCUCACCGUGUCGCACCUUGCUGGCACGGAGCCCGAACUAGGAGAAACCAGCCUUCAGCUCCACUCAUAAGACUAUUGUGCAUUUGCUUCAGUUGAAUGCAUUUGGAAUGUUUCCGUGAAGGUUCUCCCUCAGCAGUGAUGGAAGGCAUCGGCGGCGAGGAAAGCCUGCUGACCCUUCUCACCAUGACAGUAUUCCUCCUCGAAACCUGCAUCGUCUGAAGGAACAAUCCCACGAUCCUGUCUCUGCCUUACCAAGCGUCUCUGAGCAUGAGCACCCUCCUUUCAGAAUGAGGUUUGAGAAGGCAUGCCGAACACUUCUACAACCUUUGCAUAAACAACCUGACCAUCAGCACCCUGAGCCUUGGUAGGCAGCUCCAUCCCACCCUUCCGCACUUCCCGCAGUAAGCACUGCUUACUCCAUGCACUGAGAUCUCAGUGAAGCAAACAUUGGCUGGUCUGGGACCUCCUGUAUAGUCCAAACCAGCCUAAAAAAAAAAUCUCUUCUACGUAACACAUUCCUUCACAUGUCCGUCCACUGCAUCCUAGAAAAUAAAAAAUCGAGACACCUGCAUGUUUUGACCAUCUUUAAAACUUUGUUGACUUCAAAAUAAUACAUCCUAUAAUAGUUCUAGGAACAUAGAACUCUGACAAUGGAUUUUGGCAACAGGCGGCAAAGAAACCAGAAGGGCUACUGUUUUAUUUUUGUUCAAUGAGCUGCACUGUGGGCCUUGGAUCCAAACAAUCUCCCAAACUGUCAGUCAAACUUGGGAAUAUCACGUGGCACUGUCUGUUCUAAAUUUACUGAAGCCAGCCUUGUUUGAAGAAGGGUGAAAGUUCCAACAGAGAGGGAAGGCACCUCUCCAGCUGUCGACCAGGUCCAGUCACUCAGCGGUGGGGACCAGGUCACUAAAUGAGCCAUUGCACGAUCCCGAUGAAUAACGGCUCUGGGCCGGAGAAAGUAAAAACUCACAUCAGCCAAUUGUUAAACAGAUUCCACAACAGUCUCGCUUUUCUCAAUCUUGAUGACAGGAGCAUGUUGGAGUGUUGACUGGGACCCAACACUGGAACACACCACAGGCAGAGGAUUUCACAGCAUCCUAGCCGGGCAGUUAGAUAUUUCACCUAACCCAGUCUUCCAGCAAGACCUGGGCCUCAAUGUGGCCAAUGGCUGUUAACUUUCACCAUCUGCCAACCUUAACCAAGCAAGGAACAAUAAUGACUCAUGGUCGAUUUCAGAGGAUUCUAACAUAAAGCAAAAAGACUUUGUUUAUCCAACGAUUAUAUUUAAAAAUAAAACUGGAAAAAGGCAGAAUAUAUCAAAAGGCAAGCACUUUAUGGUUAUGUAGCUGCUCAGUAGCCUACUGUGUAAAUCCAUGAAGAACUUGAAUGGUAUCACAGGUGAGGAACCCAAGGAUCUAAAGAUCCAUCCUUCCCAUCCUCCCUCUUCACGUUCAAGAUCCCAUGGACACAGAGGCUCGAUAAUGGGCUGAUUGUUAAGGUGUGAUUAAAUGUGAUAUUUUGUGUAAUUCUGGCAAAAAUGUAGCACUGUCACUCACAUAGCUGUGAUCCUACUAUGUUUCCUCAUCAUUGCAAAAAAGCACAGCCAACUUCAUGUUGAUUCUUGCAUCGACAACACAUAAAGAGAUGAAAGGUUUUCUGCAUAUGACAUGAACCAUUGGCGGUCUCUCAGCGGACCCUAAUGAAGUCCCAUAUUAUUGGACAGUUGAAGAAAGUCGAGGUGGGGAAUGGUUCCCAUUAUCUGGAUUACCUGCGCUGAAGUGCUCCAUCUUAGCGGGGUGGAAAAUUCAGUCACUGAAGGAAGAUGGCAUUCUUUGUCUGAAAAGAUGUUCCUGGUAUUAACACGUUGAUGGGAAUUAUUCCUUACCUAACACAUGGAAGCUGUUUUAUGGAUUUCUCUCUGUAGCAAGGCUGGGACUGCAAAACUAUUCUGUAUGAGAUGGGUUUUUUUAAAUAAGAACUUCAUGCAGUUUUACCAUCAAAUUGAGAUCCAACACAUCGGAUGACUUACUGUAAAAUGGCAUUUCCUUCUGUAUAAGUAAUGUGGUUCUACUAUGAAACUGUCAGAGGUCACAUCAUUGGUUUGAUAUAAUAAUUAAUAACUUGUCUUGUAAAGUUUGGUCAGAUUAUGAUGCACCUAUUGUUAGCCUUGACUGCACUGUCUUUGUGGAGUAUAUAAAGUGCAUCAAGCAUUUCAGUAUUGUAUAAAAAUGUGACAUUUUCAAUCAGAAUGCUAACCAGUAAAGAGACCAUUUUUUGGAAGCCUGUCAUAAUGCAUGAAAUACAAAUAUACACAUGCUGGGAUAUUUGGCUUUCCAGCUUUACAGAAUUUCCUUCACCAAAUUCCUCAGCUAACUCUCCCGAAGAUAAUAUAUUUGGACUAUUUCACAGUGAUGUAGAUUUCUCUCUCGAAAACAUCUCCACAAACAGACCCCUAUGCUGAGUUCUCCAUCCAACCCAGACCAAAGCUGAGCAGCUUCCCUUCGUGUCUCCAUAGUUUGAACAGUUUGUGACCAUUUGUUAAACUGUUCCCAUUCCCAUCAAAAUAAAAAGCCCAUCCUCACAGCUCCUCCUGCAAGUAAAAUCUUUGGGAGUAUUCAGUCCAGUAAGCUAGAAGGUCACGUUAUUUCUGGAGUGUGCACAAGUUACUUUCCAACCACUAUUAUUGGUGAGCUGUAGAUUUAGUCACGUAACCAGAGAGACUGCAUUCCUCCAUGUGUAGAACAUAAGGACGUGCAGCCUUUAUGAUGACAUCUCCUCUGUUACACUAUGUCAGCCUUAGAUCGCAGAGGUACAAUGCUCUGAGGGGUGCGGCCCACAGAAUCUGCGUAGCCCAUCCAUUCCAUCUCCCUCCCCUCCCCCCCCCGCUCUUUCGCCACAGCUCUGCAAAUGCUCCACCCCCCUUCACUGCAGUCAGUCUGAAGAAGUAUCCCAACCUAAAAUGUCACCUAUUCAUGUUCUCCAGAGAAGCUGCCUGAGCCGCUGCGUUACUCCAGCAUUGUGUCUCUUUCCCCUCAUUGAUAGUUUCCGCCAUCUCCACAGCCCAAGCUACAGAUCCUCCGUGCCCUAUUCAUUUCAAGGUCUUUCUUCACAUUCCCCUGUACAUUUUGCUCCAAAAUUACAAGCUGUAUUGCCUGUCGUUGAAUCAUUUAGCGUCUCUCUACUGACCCAUGUCUUGUUCACCAUUCAAUGGCCUCUUAACCUUCGUUACCACAAGGACAACCCUGGCUUCCCCAGACUAACCUUGCAGCUGAAACUCCCCCCAUCCCUGGAACCGUGCUGGUAAACCUUUCCUUCAACCUCUUCAAGCCUUCAUACCCUCCCCACAGUUUGGCAACUCAAUUUGAAUGGCUGGCCCAAAACUGUGUGUGGUAUCAAUAUACAUGAUUCUAUAACAAAGAAUUAUCUUGAAUUCUUCUUCGAAGAAUUAUCAAAGAAUUAUUGCAACACUAACAAAGUGUUGCAAAUAUGGUUGCUCGUCUACGGCCUCUUUCAA